GACAGUUACUCAGUGCCACGUUGAUGGAGACCAGUGAGGACGUGGAAAUCCGUCUGCAGUCCGCAGCCGGGACCCGGUAGCCUCCUGUUCGUGUGUUUUCACAACCGUUAAUCCUUGAGCAGAAACGAAAGGAGAACUUGUACUGUGCUUGUCAUCUAUUUUAUGUGUGCGUACAUGUAAGAAGAAGCGAGGAAGGGAAGGAUGAAACUCAAAGAAAUCAAGCGCACAGCCAUCCAGAGCUGGAGUCCUGCUCAGCACCACCCCAUCUACCUGGCUACAGGAACAUCAGCCCAGCAGCUGGAUGCCUCCUUCAGCACCAAUGCCUCCCUGGAGUUUUUCGAACUAGAUCUGGCUGAGCCAUCUCUGGACAUGAAGUCAUGUGGCAGCUUCUCAUCCACUCACAGAUACCACAAACUGGUUUGGGGUCCGUAUGGAAUGGACGACCAAGGUCACCCAGCUGGUGUCGUUAUCGCAGGAGGCGAGAACGGCAACGUCAUCCUGUACGACCCUGCAAAGAUCAUCUCUGGAGAGAGCGACGUGAUCAUUGCUGAGAGCGACAAGCACACGGGGCCAGUGAGAGCUCUCGACGUCAACCCGUUCCAAACAAACCUGGUCGCAUCAGGUGGGAAUGAGUCUGAAAUCUAUAUCUGGGACAUGAAUAACUUUGGUUCUCCAAUGACACCUGGACCUAAAACUCAGCCUCUGGAGGACAUCAGCUGUGUGUCAUGGAACAGACAGGUCCAGCACAUCCUGGCCUCGGCCAGUCCGAGCGGCCGAGCCUCAGUGUGGGACCUCCGCAAGAAUGACCUCAUUAUUAAAGUUAGCGACCACAGCAACAGGAUGCAUUGCUCUGGACUCGCUUGGAACCCAGAAGUGGCCACUCAGCUGGUCUUGGCCUCGGAGGACGAUCGGAUGCCAGUCAUCCAGAUGUGGGACUUACGUUUUGCUACCUCUCCUCUCAAGAUUCUCGAGAAUCACACACGGGGUAUCCUGUCCAUCGCCUGGAGCUUGGCUGAUCCCGAGUUGCUCCUGAGCUGUGGGAAGGACAACAGGAUCUUGUGCUGGAAUCCAAAUACAGCAGAGGUGCUGUAUGAGUUGCCCACAAGCAGCCAGUGGUGCUUUGACAUCCAGUGGUGCCCCAGGAAUCCUGCAGUGCUGUCGGCCGCAGGAUUCGACGGACACAUCGACAUCUAUUCCAUCAUGGGAGGCAGCAGCCAGGCGCAGAGCCAGAGACAUGCUGACCAGAUUAGCAACUCAUUUGGUAACAUGGAUCCUUUUGGGACAGGACAAACAUUGCCCCCUCUGCAGCUGCCCCAGGCUCCUGCCACUCCAGCUACAGUAAACCCCCUGAAGAAGCCCCCCAAGUGGAUCCGCAGGCCUGUCGGAGCUUCGUUUGCUUUUGGUGGGAAGCUGGUAUCUCUGGAGAACCCAAAGCCGAACCCUCAGCAGCCUCAGCAGCCCACUUCACAUGUCGUACAUAUCAGUCAGGUUGUUACAGAAACAGCCUUUUUGAAGCGCUCCGAUCAGCUGCAGGCCACCCUGAAUGCAGGCAGCUUUGUGGAUUUCUGCCAGGAAAAAAUCGAUGCAGCUGAAAAUGAGUUUGAAAAGACCGUUUGGUCUUUCCUCAAGGCUAAUUUUGAAAGCGAUAGUCGCAGCAAGUACCUGGAGCUUCUGGGGUACAACAAAGAGGAGUUAGCCUUAAAGAUUUCAGCAGCGCUGGAGGAAAAAGCUGCUGACCCUCCGAUGGUGGAGGUGCCUGCUCCAGUCAGCCUGCAGCCUUUACCAGACCUCAGCCUCGUGCCACCUGCUGACAAUCCCGAGGCAGCGUUCGACAUGAUCGCUGCAGCAAACCUUCAGCCUGCUGCCACACUUGAACUGGACUCCGCUCCUGAACCGGAGACUGAAGAACCGACAGCGGCAGCAGAUCCAGAAGACGAUCUUCUUACAAGUGAACCAGAGGAAAAUGCGGACCAGGCUCUCCCAGAGGGGGAGGCUGAGGAGCAAGAGGGGGAGGAGAUCCCCUUAGAGGAGGAGACGGCAGCACCAGUGGAGGAGGAGCCCAGUCCGGCUGAGACCUCUGCUCCAGUUCAGGAGCCCACUCAGGUCCCAGCUCCAGCACCUGCUACAGGAGUCAGUCUCAGCAUCAGUCAAGAUGUGGACGGCCUGAUCACACAGGCUCUGCUGACCGGAGACUUCGAGGGCGCUGUUAACCUCUGUCUGCAUGACAACCGGAUGGCCGACAGCAUCAUCCUGGCCAUCGCUGGAGGGGCCGAACUCUUAGAGAAAACUCAGAAGAAGUAUUUUACAAAAACACACAGCAAGAUAACAAAGCUGAUCAGUGCGGUGGUGAUGAAAGACUGGCAUGACAUCCUGAAGACGUGUGACCUGCAGAACUGGAAGGAGGCUCUGGCUGCCGUCAUGACCUACGCUCAGCCUGAGGAGUUCUCCUCCCUCUGUGACCUCCUCGGGGGAAGGCUGGAAGCAGCAAGUGUCGCUCAACUGCAAGCCCAGGCCUGUCUGUGUUACAUCUGCGCUGGCAACGUGGAGAAGCUGGUGGCGUGUUGGACCAAAGCACAAGAUGGUCACUGUCCCCUCUCUCUCCAGGACCUGGUGGAGAAGGUGGUGGUGCUGCGGCGUGCAGUAGAGCAGACCCAGCGCUCUGGUGCCACCGCUAUUGGCGUCCUGCUGGCUGAGAAGAUGAGCCAGUAUGCCGGCCUGCUGGCCUCCCAGGGCAGUCUGUCCACUGCCAUCACCUACCUGCCCGACAACACCAACCAGGUUGCCAUACAGCAGCUUCGUGACCGUCUCAGGCGGGCCCUGGGGCAGCAGGCGGUGGCUCCCGCAGCUCCAGCACAAACCCAGAGAGCUCAGUCUCAGCUACCUGCCCCUCAGGCUCAACACCACUCAGCCCUGCCCCGGCAUCCCUUCACCCCGGUCCAGCCCGCCAUGGUGCCUCAGCCCACUCCAGCAGCUCCAGUACCCAUGCCUACACCUGCCUCUGCCCCUGCCCCUGCACAGCCCCAGUAUUAUCAGCCAAUGAGGGCUGCCUCCACUGUCACCUCCUGGAGUAACCAAACUCCCACAGCCCUCCCCAAUGUCCCUCCUCCUCUUCAAGUAGGCAGCGCCUCAGACCAGCAGGUGGAACCUUCAAACUCCAUGUACGGGAUGCCAGCCUCCGGCACAGCUGCUGCACCUCCAGCCUCCUCCACUCCUGCAUACAUGUACUCCCAUCAGUACCAGCCCUACCCCCAGGCCAACCAGUACCCACCUGGAACUGGGGGGGCACCUAUCUAUCAGCCUCUUCAGUACUCUGCCUCUGCUGCUCCUCCUCCACCUCUUCCUGCAGAGCCCUCCUCCCGCCCUCACCCCCCCGGCUUUCUCUCUCAGUACACUCAGCAUGUCCCCUCUCAGCCAACACCUUCGGUCUAUCCCGGACAGCCUCCCAUCAGCCACUGUCUGUCCUCCUCUCCUCCCUCCCACCCUCCCUUCUUCCCCACUGCCGCCUCCUCCUCCUCCUCCUUUUCGGCUCCUCCGUCCUCCGGAGCGCCUUUCCAGCAUGACGGGCCGGGAUCUCCUGUGUCGUACAUGCCUCUUCCUCCACCGAGCGGAGUCUCAGGUACACAUCUUGACCCUGACCCCCAGCUGAUCCCCGCCUCUCAGAGAACAGGGCCUCAGAAUGGCUGGAAUGACCCACCAGCUCUGAGCAGAGCACCAAAGAAGAAGCAGGUUCCAGAAAACUACACUCCUCCUGCACCCAUCACUUCUCCCAUCAUGAGUGCGCUGGGUGCUGAUCCUCAGGCCCAGCCGGUGUCCUCCGGGGCCCCUCAGGCCAUGGUCCAGGGCUCGCACGGUGCUCAGGUCCCCUACUCAGGCAUGCACCAGCAGCAGCUCUCCCCUCCACCCAUGAACCCUGCAAUGCCCAAGACCAGUAUGGAGGGAGCACCAGGAGCACCCACCGGAGAUGUUAUACAGCCUCUGCAGUCCAUCCCUGCUGAGAAGAUCAUGAAGAAGCCGAUCCCUGACGAGCACAUGGUCCUGAAGACCACAUUUGAGGGGCUCAUCCAGAAGUGCUUGGCUGUAGCCACCGACCCCCAAACUAAGAGGAAGCUUGAUGAUGCCAACAAACGUUUGGAGGCACUCUAUGAUAAACUGAGAGAGCAGACGCUCUCUCCUGCCAUUGUAGGAGGACUACACAACAUAGCCAGGACUAUAGAGUCACGAUCCUACACGGAGGGCCUCAACAUCCACACCCACAUAGUCAGCAGCAGCAACUUCAGCGAGACGUCAGCGUUUAUGCCUGUGCUCAAGGUGGUGCUGACACAAGCCAACAAGCUCGGGGUCUGAUUGGGCCAAAAAAACAAAAAAAAACAAUCCCAACUCCAAACUCCUCCGAGUGUUCAGGUGGUGGACGGUGGAGAGUGAGUGAGUGGUCAGGGGUCGAGCUGAGUAUCAGCGUUAAAAAUUGUUUGUUUUUUUUUUCGCUCGUUUCACAGAGAGCUCCAUUUGACUCGCAGUGCAAUGAUGAAGAAUUCUGAGAUGUAUGAAAAUACUGUUAAAUUCUUCUUUGUGCCAUUCACGUUUUCUGACACAAACUCAAACACAAGCCAUGCUAUCAGUCGCACUCAGUGGUGAAAGUAAAUUCUUAGCCCCGUGCAAACAAAUGCACUCAACAGUUAAAGGGCUAGAGUAAUAUGGAUUCAUCAUUUAUCUAGUGAAGCAAAACUAAAAACUGACUCCAAACUGACAAGCUACAUGUGAUGAAUGUGCAGUUUCAGCGUUUCAGAUAUGGAAGUAAAUAUAAAUAUAAAUAAAUAUUAGGAAAAAAACAAAUAUAUAGACUGUUGGAUGCAAAGGAAUGAAAACAAAAUAGGAAAAACAACAGGACAUUCAGGAUUUUUAAAGGCAUUUCUACCUAGUUGUGUUGAUAAACAUAAUCAAUUAAAAAAAUUAAGCCAUUUUAAUGAUUUGUUGAUGUUUGGUAUUAAUAGCAGACUGCUGUCAUUGCAGUGCCGCAUGCUUUUAGCUCACAACUGCGCAAUCAUGCAAACAACAAUCAAUUAAGAAAUGUUAGCUUCUUCCGAUCUUUAUACUAUUUCAAUAUUUGUGCACUACAUCAACGCUCAGAUAUCUUAUAAUCCAUAAAUAUGUAGUAUUUUCUCUUAAAAGUACAAAAUCAUGCUUAAUUUUUGACAUAAAUGCAUCAUUGCCUGCAUGCAUUUUGCAGUAGACCUGCAAAUGAGAAUAGAAUAGUGAGUUCAUUUUAACAGCAGGAGACAGAAUAUGGAUUCAUUUAAAAACAGGACAUCGUAGUGGCUGCUGUUCUUUAGACCAGUGGACCCUCUCACAGACAUUUAAAGCAAAAUGAAUGCUCGGAGUGCCAUUUUAUUAAUAUGACUUUUUCUUGUACUCUAAACCUGCUUUUACUUACUUUCACCACUGGUGUCACUACAUACAACACAUUGGACCAAGAUGUUGUCAGUGUGUGGGAUAUGUCAAUGCAAAGCAAUGCAAUCCCAUCAGCUGCGGAUGUUUAAUGAUGUUUUACUUUUGUUUUGAAUUCUUUUUGUUGUUUUCUUUUCUCUGUGUAAUCGCGUGGCUCAGCAGAGUGCAAUGGACUUUUUAAAGUCCUUUUAUGGAAUUUCAAAGUAUGCAUGCUUAAACACAACGCUAGCAGUCGUCUUAAAUGGCAUUCAAGGUAAUUAUAUGCUAAUUAAUGAGACCUCAAAAGGAACCUGGAAACAGACUUGUACUUGAUUUUCAUUCCAACUAUGAUGAGGGCUGCAGUCUGAGUGGUCGACCUCAGUUUAUGUUGUUAAUAAAACAAGUCUUUGUUUUAGAUUGACUACAUGCAAUAUUUUCAAUAAAUAGUAUUUAUUUACAAUA